AUUUUCAAAUUCGGAUAGACAAUACAUAAACCUUCUUUUCGCCUGGAAAACCGAUAAAAUUUUAAAACCCCACAAUUGUGGUUUAGAGGCCAGUAGGCGAAUUGAAAGUAUUUUUAGUUUGACAUUUUUUUUCUAAAUUCCUUUUGAUAAAUAUAAAUUUGGUAAAUUUUCAGUUAAAGCUAAAGUAUGGAACCUGUGAUCUAACAGUACAAUGAAUUUUGCUAACAAAAAAUAGAAACAUUUAGAGUUAUGAAAAAGAGAACUCGGAGCACUUCAAGAAAUCGCGAAAGGCCAAAUUGCGCGUGUCGUACGGCUGGAGAGUGUGCUAAUACUAAUUUUCUUUCGAACCUCACGAAUAUCUCUUCCAUAAGAAGGCUUAUAUCGGGCAGUCGUAAUUCUGGGGGUAGUAUCGCACCCGGCGAAACUAGUCGUCCCAAUACUCCUAUCUAUUCUGAAAAGCUAGCUCGUGAACCGCAAUCAAUGCAACAUACUGUUGCUUCCUAUACAGCUUCUACAGGCCGUAACCGAUCGAUGGGUACCGGUUAUCAUUCGGCUGCUACCUAUCCAGUUGCUUCAACCAAUGUUCCACCUUCAGCGACGCAAAGUAAGUGGACUCGGGAGCCAUCGAGAUCUAUAAGAACAGACAAUAGCCAGGGUGAACCCGAUCGGAAAAUCAUUAUCGAGGGAGACCGAGCAUCGGCUGGAGGUGGAACAAACUAUGGACUAAACGAUGACGAGUUAAUUCAAUUCGUCGAAGAGCUAAGUGAGCAAACGUGUAUUUUAAGAAAUCAAUUAAUACAGAUGAUUGGCCGCCAUCAGAAAGAUACGUGCAAUUGUUCUGAACACUGUAUGUGCGACACGAUAGGAGGAGAAGCAAACAACUGUAAUUGCAAAUAUGCGAUAGGCAGACAAUGUCCCCAACCAGACAUACAAUCUGACUUGUAUCUUACGCUUAAGUACCCUUCAGGGACUCAACAAACAGUAAGGCGACGGACUGAAAGCGACUUAUAUAUAACUCAACAACCGUCGCGCCCCUACUAUCCACCUUCAGUUCCUUCAACACCGAAGUAUUCUUAUGUGCCUCCUCCAAAGUACCAAGAAAGUGUUGUGGUUGAAAAGAUUCCGCCACCACCCCCACCGGUACAAGUUAAAUCUCAGCCACCCUCACAGCCACCACCACCUUCUCAUCCCCCGCCACCGCCACCUUCGCAGCCACAGCUUCCUCCAAAAGUAUCCACGGUGGUAAUUAAAGAGCGAAAAUCUGGCGGUAACGAAGCUAAAAAAGAAUGCGAUAGAAUCUGUGUUUCCAAAUCAUUCAUUCAAAAAAUGAAUAAGAUACAACAGGACAUUGUGGAUUUGAAAGUGGAUAUUUCCCAACUAAACGAAUGCCAAUGUCCACGGUUCAAGCAGCAAGUAGGAAACCCCAAAGAGCUGUCGUCACAGUUAAAUAAGAAGGUUAGCGAAAUCGAGGAGGCACUCAGCUCCAUUUCACACGUGCAACCAACUCUCUACCAGAGUCAACAUAAUACUAAGAGCGAAACUAGAAACGCUGACAACGCACCUAAAAAAAGUUAAAAUUGGCAACAGACCGAAGCUGUUAUGUUAUUUCCGCUCAGUGUCGUUCAGGUUUGAAUGGAUAUGUUAACAUGAUAUUUGUAACUGCUUCGCCUGAGCUCUGCCCGAAUAAUAAAUUAUAAUUUGAUUUGAACUUUCAUUACAAAUGAAGAUGGGGUCUAGAUUAGCUUGUAUUCUAUCAAAUAUGGCAAAUGUCCAGGUUAGUGAAAAGUUAAUGGGAACAUACAGAUCAGGACGUCCACCUUUUCAACUACCUGCGCCGGGACAAUAAUUAAUAUUAUAUUCGAGUUACGUCUAGGUAGGUCUAAUUCAUAGUGAUGAACUUAUGUAUGCAGAGGACUAUAAGCAAGGCAAUAAAAUGUGAAAUAAAUUUGAAGCUUUGGUAUGAUGA